GGCCACGGUCGGUCGUCUCCCUAUCCGCCUCUCUCCCUAACGCCAGACCCAAUCCGCCGCCGUCCUCUUCUCCAGUCGCACCGGCGACCUCCAACCUCAUCGCUGGCAGCCCCUCCCCUUUCCUCCUAGAUCGACUCGAGCUGCUCAUGUCGUGGCCAGAUCUGGCAGGAACUCCCUCCCUCCCACCUCGCUCCGCAUCCCGAUCCAGAUGCACACAUCGACAGAGCUUUUGGCAGCUCCUGCUCGGCUGCUCCCAUGGGCCUCUGUCUGUCCGUGGCCUACGCUCACUGCCGGGCCGUGCAGCACGACGACGCCGUCGACGUGAUGGUGCCGUGCGUGGCAGCGGCUCCAACUGCUAAGGGAUGGAUGGAUGCAGGCGGGCACAUCAACCCGGCGGUGACCUUCGGGUUGUUCCUGGCGAGAUCAUCGGCACCUUCUUCCUCGUCUACACCGUCUUCUCCGCCACCGAUGCCAAGAGGAACGCCAGGGACUCCCACGUUCCCAUCCUUGCCCCGCUGCCAAUCGGGUUCGCCGUGUUCCUGGUCCACCUGGCCACCAUCCCCAUCACCGGCACCGGCAUCAACCUGGCGAGGAGCCUCGGCGCGGCCAUCAUCUACAACAGGGAGCACGCCUGGUCAGACCACGUGAGUGAACUAAAACCGAAACUGAAUCCUAACACCCGCCUUUUCCUUUGUCUGAACUUGAAAGCAUGGCACUUGUUUUUUGCAGUAGUAGUAACUGCAGGCAUGUGGUAA